AUGUGCUGUGCACUCUGUUUCUUUGUAGAAUACACCCACUUAGCGGUAGUAUCGCUCCUUUACGAGGCUUUUACUUCAGUGCGUUUGAAUAACAUUGGUGGCGAAUCUCGUGGUGAGAGAUGGGAAUUUCACGACGGUCGGGUACCAUCAGAUAGAGGCUUUCCCUUCAGUGUGAGUAAUCCAGUUCAGAGAUUCGAGCCGAGCUUCCAAUACAUCCGCAAAACAACCAUGCCGUGA